AUGCCUGCUGUUACAAACACGUUUGAAUGCAUUAUAACAUUUGCUUUCCCGAUAAUUCAGUUGGUCGCUCCAUUUGUUUCAUUUCGUGUGGUAAAGGACUUUAACGAAAACAACACCAAAGAGGGUACAAUUAAGGCAGGAUUGUAUAAUACAGCCCAACACGAGGAAGGGUCGAAAGAAGAAGUGCCAAUAACAAGAAGGUGUCUCAACACUAUCCAUGGCUGCAAAGUAGUCAUUGGUGAGAAUGGGUAUAAUUUUCUGAUACCAAAAUCAGGCAACUGUGAUGAAAUGGUUGAGCUCCGAAUGUUUGAAUAUGCUCUUGUGAAACACAAGCAAUUGUUUGACGAUUGGGAAUCUCUUGAAGAUCAAAACGAGAAGGUGUUGGUUGAAGGUUUAAUUUCUGCUCUCAAGAAUCUCUCUGGAACUCCAACACCAACGGAACUGUGUGAAGCGCUUGAAUCUCUUCGCUGUGAGAGUGUUUUAACAUUUCUGGAAUACCAGAGAAAGGUGAUUGCUGAAGAAGAGAGAAUAAAUGAAACAAAAAGACGUGAUAUUCAGAUAGAUGUAGACAAAAUUGAGCAACAUGCAUCAAUUGGAGACUUUACCAUCCCGACUUACACCAAAGUUUGUUUGGAUACGAAUGAGAAGUAUGACGAAAGCGGUCUCCCGUUGUUUGACAACACGUUCAGAGAGCGACUCCAAAGGAUAAAUGAGAAGAAAACCAAUUCUUUUUUACAGAUAAAGGAACAAGAUAGCACAUAUAAGAACUGUUUUGGAUGUUACAAAGAAAAUACAAUUGAAGAAGAGAACGGAAUAUACAAUGACAACAACAGAACUUUGGGUUUGAAAACAAUGGAGAUUGGAAGGAAACACAGACUGUUAAGAAAACUGUCAGAAAAUAGAGUGGAAGGAAGUAAGAGAAUCGAAAAGGGGACAUAUAUGAGCAUGUUGAAUGACAAGGAUGAGAAGAGAAUAACAGAGUCCAAGCCAAAAAGACUCAACAAAGACAACAAUGUGUAUUUGAGGAGUUCGAUCAUGAGUGGAUUGUUGAAUGAUGAAGUGUACAACGCAAAUAAGGGGUUACGUGGUCGCAUUCCAUUUUUCGAUGUUGUUGAUGUUGGGCAGAGCUAUUUUAUGGACCACAGUGACAAUGAUAUGUUCAACACAGAUUUCUUAAUCAAGAAAAAAGAAAGAGCAAACAGAACGAGUGAUGACAGUGGGAUUGAAAUAGAAGAUGACCAAAACAGUGUUAUUCAAGACUCGAUAAUAGAGAAGAGAGAAGAGAGAAAAGACCGAGAAGAUAACAACAACGACAGAACAAGAAGACGGCAAAAAGGUGAAGAUUCAUCUUUUUAG